AUGGCGCGCGCGUCGCCGUCGUCCCUCGCCUUGGUGCUCAUCAUCGUGGCUGCCGCCGCUGCCGUGACCGCGUCGGAGGCGGUCAGGGUGCCCGCCGUCGGCAACUGGACGGAGGAGCUGCGCGGGGCUGCGGCGAGGCGGGCCCGGCAGCGGCACGGGUGGCAGUCCCGGCGCCGCGCGUUCGAGAACGGCCUCGGCCGGACGCCGCAGAUGGGGUGGAAUAGCUGGAACCACUUUGGCUGCGGGAUCAACGAGAACCUCAUCAAGCAGACAGCUGAUGCACUGGUCAACACUGGUCUGGCGAAAUUGGGCUAUGAGUAUGUUAAUAUAGAUGACUGCUGGGCAGAAUCUGAUAGGGACUACCAGGGAAACUUUGUGGCAAAUAGACAAACCUUCCCCUCUUGCAUCAAGGCACUCGCAGAUUAUGUCCAUGCAAAAGGGCUGAAGUUUGGCAUCUACAGUGAUGCUGGGGCAAGGACAUGCAGCCAAAAAAUGCCAGGAUCACUUGAUCAUGAAGAGCAGGAUGUGAAAACAUUUUCAUCUUGGGGUAUUGAUUAUCUGAAAUAUGACAACUGCAAUGAUGCUGGCAGGAGUGUAAUGGAGAGAUAUACUAAAAUGAGCAAUGCUAUGAAGACCUAUGGAAAGAACAUCUUCUUCUCGCUGUGUGAAUGGGGAAGAGAAAAUCCUGCUACCUGGGCAGGCAGCAUGGGAAACAGCUGGAGAACAACUGAUGAUAUCGCUGACAACUGGGGCAGCAUGACAUCUCGUGCAGACCAGAAUGACAGAUGGGCUUCCUACGCCGGACCUGGUGGGUGGAACGAUCCUGACAUGCUUGAAGUGGGCAACGGUGGUAUGUCUGAGGCGGAGUACCGUUCUCACUUCAGCAUCUGGGCACUUGCCAAGGCUCCUCUUCUGAUCGGGUGCGACGUACGGUCGAUGAGCCAGCAGACAAAGGACAUACUCAGCAACUCGGAAGUCAUCGCUGUGAACCAAGAUAGUCUAGGUGUCCAAGGAAAGAAAGUGCAAUCCAACAAUGACUUGGAGGUUUGGGCUGGGCCACUCAGCAACAACAGGAAGGCCGUGGUGCUCUGGAACCGGCAGGGCUACCAGGCAACCAUCACCGCACAAUGGUCGAGCAUCGGGCUUGCUUCAUCCACAGCUGUCACUGCUCGUGACCUAUGGGCGCACUCAUCAUUCUCGGCACAGGGCCAAUUAUCAGCUUCAGUGGCACCUCACGACUGCAAGAUGUAUGUCCUGACGCCAAAUUAA